CAAAUCGCGCGCUGACAACCCAGCUGUCAAGCCCCCGCAGGUUAUUAUUUUUUCUUAUCGCUGUCGUGAGUGGGGAUAAUUGCAAAAAAAAAAAAGGUGCAAAUAAUCAUAUGUUGGAAGAUUAUGAUAUCGCUUUGGUCAUGGUGACGAUGAAGAUUGAAGAAAUUGCCGAGUGAUACAAAGAAGUUUCAUUUCAUUCAUUCAUUCGAGUGCGUAGAAAAAGGAAGUUUUACUUUAGCUCUGUAAUAGAAAACCUUGACAUUCUCUCUGCCACACAGAAGUGGAUAGUUUGUAAACAGUUUGCAUUAUUUCUUGCAUAAGUGCGUGAUUUAUUUGAGUUUUUUGAAUAAGAAAAGCCCUAAAACGACGGAAAAUUCAUCCUCAAAUGGCAUCUGAGUGUGAUGUUGUAGCCCCAAAAUCUAACAAUAGUUGGGUUUGGGGUAUUUUCAAUUGGACCACCAAAUCCCCAAUAAUGCUGCGGAAUGCAGAGAAACGAAUAUUUUCAUAUCUCAAAAAUGCCUACCGCGGAUGGUUUGUCGACAUUGGACCAGUUGUGGGGGAAGCUGACAAAAUCUGGACAAUUUCCCUUAAUUCCGACUCACCGAAAACUCCCCUCGUGCUCCUCCAUGGAUUUGGCGCUGGCGUGGGUUUGUGGAUUUUAAAUUUGGACUCCUUCGCCGAGAAUCGUCCAGUCUAUGCCAUUGAUAUUCUCGGUUUUGGUCGAAGUUCACGUCCAAAGUUUGCCUGUGACGCCAUGAAGGCGGAAGGGCAGCUGGUGGCGUCGAUUGAGGAAUGGCGUCGGGAGAUGAAACUCAAUGAAAUGAUUCUGCUGGGACACUCAAUGGGGGGCUUCUUGGCCGCCAGCUAUGCCAUUAGUCAUCCCGAUCGGGUGAAACAUCUCAUUCUGGCCGACCCGUGGGGAUUUCCGGACAAACCAGCGGACUACGGGAGUAAAUACAACAUCCCGGUGUGGGUGCGUGUUCUUGCCUUUGCCAUGCAACCCCUCAAUCCACUGUGGGCUGUACGAGCUGCUGGGCCAUUUGGGCAGUGGGUUGUCUCCAAAGCACGUCCAGAUAUUAUCCGGAAGUACACAACAGUAGUCAAGGAAGAAGAACUCAUACCGCAGUACAUUCAUCAGUGCAAUGCUCAAACUCCUGCUGGGGAGAGCGCAUUCCAUUCAAUGAUGUCAGGCUUUGGAUGGGCGAAACAUCCAAUGAUUCACCGAAUGAAGGACCUCGAUAAGGACGUUCCCAUCACAAUGAUGUACGGAUCACGUUCCUGGGUUGAUAGGGCAUCCGGUGAUAGUAUAAAGCUCUCCCGCAUCCACAGCUACGUCAACAUUCAGGUUAUCAAUGGUGCGGGUCAUCACAUCUAUGCCGAUCGACCGGAGGUAUUUAAUCGAUACGUAAACGACGUCUGUGCCCUCAGCGACGGCCAGAAAGCGUCGGGGGAAUCAAUAGACAAUUCAACAUGCGAAGUCACCACAACAACCACGGAGGAGAUUGCAACAAUUGCAACAGAUGCUGCUGCAGAGAAAGAUGCUCCAGUGAUAGAAACAAAGUGAAAUAGCCUUAAUCAUCCAUCAGCCACCCUCAACUCCUGUGAAUUUAUAAAUCAGUGAAAAACUUGCAUAAUAUGCACAAAACGUAUUAUCUUAGAAUUCGUACAAAGUGAGAAUUAUUAUUAAUUUAUAUCAAAGAAUUUAAAUACAUGAGUUUGCAAAGAAA